ACUUUAAUCCUUGGGUAUUGCUUUUGUUCAUGUGGUCAUCUGCUAUAGGGUUUAGAGGCCAAAAAGAUUUGGUCAGUGUUUUUUCUAAACUUGUAUUUAUUGAUGAUACGGAUGAUGCAGAGGGUCUUGAGAGAUUAAAAAAUCUAGUAGCGAAGUUUCAUACACUCAGUUAUGCAGGAAACCCUCAGACAUUGUUAUGUGAAACUUCACAUCAUCAUGUUUUUGGCUUGUCAUCUGCCCUUUCUUCAGCAGUUGUCUUAGAAGCCAUUCUAAAGUCGAUUGCCCUAAAAAAUGUGAGAUUAUGUAGCAGCAGUAGUGGUGGUGGUGUUUCUGACUACAGAUGGUCGAUUCCCAUUGUAAUUGUGGCCCAAUUUCUAACCAUUGCAGUCGGUAAUUUUUCCAUCAUCUAUAGAUGGCUUUCUUUACUCAUCCACACUGAAGGCCAAGAAGGUAUCCGUGAAAAUGUAAAAAAAUUUAAUUUACAAAAAGAAUUAGAAUACUUGAAGGUGAAGACCUUACCUUUUAGAUUCCUCAAGAAAAACCUCGUCUUUCAAGUUGGCAUAGAAUCCAUCAUCGAUGUGCUUAUACGCACCCAAAUGGGGUUGUACAUAUGCAGCAGUAUCUUCAUUGGGCUCCCAAUUUACAAUGUUAAGAAAUUGAUCUUGCGGGUAUAUAUAAUUCUAUUUGGUCGUAAAUUCCAUGACCCCACAAAUGAAACGGGCAUAAUGUUUUUUGUGGGUGAAGCUCUAACUUUAUGGAAUUGGAUAAGUAAAAUGGCCAUGAAAGACAUGAUGAGAUGGACAAAUAGGUAUAAGGGGGACAAUCCAACUGAUCAUCUCAUCCAAUUAAUAAUAUCUAAAUGUCCUCCUCCUCACCCUUCUUCUGCUUCUAAAUUAGAAGGUGCCUUCCUCUUCAUAAGAAAAUUAGAAGCUACAGGGGAAGAAUUUUUGUGGGAAAAUGUUGAUGAUGAUUUCAUGUCAUUUUUCAAUAAAUAUGGAUACAGAGUUUCCUGCGUAUCAGUGUUGGUUCUUUCGAGAAUUCUUGCAAAAUUGAUGCCUGCAGCUUCUUGUGGGGAAUCAUCUCUAAUGUACAACUUAUUAGAAGAAGCCUUAAAUGAGUCAUUUGAAACCAUUUAUUUUGUCGACCAAAACACCAUUCCCAGCAGCAGCAUGUUAGAUGAAGCAAGAUGGAGCUCAGCAAAAGAUGUGUGGGUGAAUUGGAAGAAUCCCAACAAUUGGUUCCGAAGUAAGAUCAUCUCUCCUGUAUUAAUCAAAAGUCGCUUAUUGAUUAAGAAAUCCGAGGAGGAAUCCGAAUCAGAGAUACUAGAUCAUGUCCUUGGGUUUCUCGAGUGCCCUAUUAAUGCUGCAAAAGAAAUUUUUGGUCAUAAUUUUCAUGAGUUAGUUGACCAAUCUUUACUCGCUACUUCGUUGGCUGAACAACACAUGAGUUUGAUUGCAAUUGAAUUUUCAAUCAUUUGUAAAUUCAUUCGAGAGGAGCAGAAUUUUGGAUCGGUUAAGGAUCUGUUUGAUUUCAUGGAAGAUUGUUUUGCAAAGAUGCUCUAUUUUACCCUCCACCGUCUUCCAAUGGCCAUACUGAAGGAGAUCGAAGGUGAGAAUGGAAAGGAAAUAAGUGAAGGAAGAGUUAGAAAAGCCUUCAAGUUCCUUUGUAAACUUGAGUUGUUAGGGGACACGAUUGAAUGGUCGUGGCCACCCCAAUUUGACCCUAAAAGUCAUCAAGCAAAUGAUGCCCAGUCGACGACAAUUGGUCAAGCGGAGCCACCUAGCCAAACUAGUAACACUACUACUACUACUGCAGAUGAUGGUGAUGAUGAUACGAUUCGAGAAAUCGGAUCUGAUGAGAUUGUUUGAAAGACUUCUUCUGCGUGCUCAAUUUCUAUUCUAUUGG